AUGGUGAAAAUGAAGAAAGGAAUCAUUUUCCUUCUUAUCAUUGCUUUUUCACUUUGUUCAAAGGCAACAACUCCAGGUGUUACGGUAGUAACAACAGCCUUUUUCACAUUAACUCAUACAAUAACAGCAAGAACAGUUUCUUCUUCAACAACAAUGACAGCAUUGUCAACCGAAAAUAAGGAUAAAUCCCCUUCUCAAUUGCUUGUCCAACAAAUAGAAGAAGAACAGUCUCUUCUCCAAGAACUCCUGGAACAACAGCCUCACCAACAACUUCAACAGCUACUCGAACAACUACAACAAAACCAUUCACACUUUCCGAAUCGUCUUCAGCGGCAAGUGCAACUUCGUAAGGAACUUGAACAGAGUCAUAGCUGUGAAAAAAAGCAAGAACUUCUUCAUAACCAGCAACUUACCCUUAAACAACUUCAACAACAACAACCAUUUCUGAAUCAACUUCAAGAACAACAAGGAGUUAUUCUUCAGCAACUUUCUCAGAGACAACAGACUGUCCAAUCUUUACUGCAACAGCUACCAAAAUUACUUCAAGAACAACAACCUAUUCUUCAACAACUAUUGCUGCAUCAAUUGCGUGCGCCAAAACAAACACUGCAGCCAUCGACUUUCGUUCAACAAGCGCUUGACCUUCAAAAGCAAAUGGAACGAAAUCACAAGCAGUCUCGACACCAAGAUCAAAAUAAUCUUAAAAAUCAAAUUCAACAGCGAGAACAACAUCUUCAACUGCUUCAGCAAUACGGUGAUUUAUCUGCAAAACUUCAACAACAGAGACAACUAUUUCAUCAACAGCUUCAACAUAUAGUGCUACUGAUUCAGCUACUACAGCAGCUCCCUUAUUAUCAAAAAUUACCUCAAGAACAACAAACUCUUCUUCAACAACUCCUACAGCUACAAGAACAACUUCUUCAGCAAUACGAACAGCAACAACCACUUAUUCAGCAGCUCCUCCAACAACAACAACAACUUGUGAAGCUUAUGGAGCAACAACAACAACUUGUUGUACAAAUGCUUCUAGACCCUCAGCAAAUUUCUAAUCUCCUUGACGAACUUCGCCGGCUAGAAGUCCAAUUCCAAGAACUUAUGCAACAACAACAAGAACUUCUCCAACAAUUACAGCCGAAGCAGCCUUCACUUCAGCAGCUUCUCCAACAACAACAGUCUAUCACUAAAGAUCUUCUGAAAAGCAAAGAAAAAUUGGAUUCUCUUCUCAAAAUUUUAAAACAAUAA